GAAAUUGUUAAAAAAUGGAAGAAAUGGCAGGAAGAUAGCCAUUUGCCUGAUAACCGAUUUGUUACUCUAUUUUUAUUAUAGAAUUAUAUUUUACGGUAUAAAAUAGUUAAUCAAUAAUCAAGGAGAAAAUAUUAGAAUGAAGUUAUUAUAAAUGUUUUAAGGACCAUGAGACAAAUAUAACAAUAUGGAAGGUGAUACUGAAGACUAUAAUCUCCAAUGGGAGGAAGAAGUUGAGGUCAAGCAUUGUCCUAAUGACACCAGUGGAGAAGAAGUUAUAUGUUCAAUUGACAAUGUUUCGGGGUCUUUUAGUAACAUGCCAACAGAUGACAUGGUUGAGGACACAGACCAAAUGGCUGCUGAAAAUUUAAUGUUUUUGUCACAAGAUGUGGUCACCUAUGUGGAGUCAACAGAGAUUGAUCCAAAUGUAGAAUGUGUCACUGAGGAGGUUAUAACAGAUGAUUGGGUUCUCUCAGGAGGGCAAGAAAGAGUGGAAGUUCCUAUGGAGCAGUUAGCUCAACCCUUACUGGAUAUAAAGGAAGAAAAUGAUAUUGAUGUUCCGUUACCGACUGAUCAAGAUGAGUACACGGCGAUGCGGCCGUGGCCGUGCGAUUUCUGCUCGCGGCGGUUCCGUAAGAAGGCGGCGCUGAUGAACCACAUGGUGGCGCAUCAGAACGACCGUCCGCAUGCGUGCAAUCUCUGCGGUGUGCGAUACGUGCGGAAAUGCGACCUCAUGAACCACCUCAAGGUGCAUGCGUAUGUGCCUGAUAAUCAGGACACUGUUGACUAUGAAGAUCUAUUACAAAAUAACCAAAUUGUUACCAAAGAAAAACGAGGCAGACGGAAAAAGAACCCAGAACCAGUUGAGAACGGUGGUUGGGAGAACAUGACGUCUGCGCGCACGCAGCAGUGGUCGCGGCGCGCGCGUUCUCCGCCCAAGCGGCCGCCCUCCCCGCCCUCGUCCCCCUCACCUCCGUCGCCGGCCUCUCCUCCCUCACCAGCGCCGCCGCCCGCCGACCCCUCGCGACCCUUCGUCUGCAGACACUGUGGAAUUGGUUUCGCGAGAGAGAAGGCUUUGCAGUCACAUGCUAGGGUGCACGGCGGCGACUCGCCGGUGGAGUGCGGCUCGUGCGGCGAGCUGUGCUGGUCGCGCGAGGCGCUGGCGGCGCACUGCAGCGCGCGCCACCCGCACCUGCCGCCCGCGCCCGCCGCGCACGACGCGCUCUACGACGACGACUCCGGUGACGACAUGGAAUAUCGCGUGUCGCCGAGUGCGGAGGCGAGUGAGACGCGCGUGCGUAACACGGACGCACGACCGCCGGAACUGUUCUGUAGACACUGCGGCGUCGCGUUCCAACGCGCCGAUCUCCUACGACGGCAUGUCACCGCAGCGCACAGCUACAAGCGUCACGACAGUACAAGCAGCACGUGGGAGGGGGCGGGCGAGGCGGGCGAGGGCGGCGAGCACGUGUGCGACGUGUGCGGCGAGACGUGUCCCGACGCGCUGCAGCUGCUGGCGCACGCCGAGCUGCACGCCGACCGCGCGCACCGCAGCGAGCCCGCGCCCAGGAUGAAACGGAUGGCCAGAGGAAGAAAUAAUACGUCGUCGAGUAAUUCGCGGCAGUUCCAGUGCAGAGAAUGCGGCAAAGUGUUCGGAUCGAGGAGCUCUCAACAGAUUCACAUUCGCAUCCACACGGGUGAGCGGCCGUACGCGUGUCGGUUCUGUUGGAAAGCGUUUGCCGACGGCGGCACGCUGCGCAAGCACGAGCGGAUACACACCGGGGAGAAGCCGUACGCAUGCGCGGUGUGCCCGCGCGCGUUCAACCAGCGCGUGGUGCUGCGCGAGCACGUGCGCUCGCACCACUCCGCGCCCGACCGCCGCGCCAACGGUAACCGCCGCUGUACUCACAGUCUACACACAUC